GAGGCGCUGCGGGAAGCCGAGGCGGCCGAGAGGGCGGAGGCUGGCGCCCUCUCCGCGGGGGCGCGGCUGCGGGAGAGCGAGGGCGGGCCGGAGGGCGCCGCCGAGGAGGGCGAGGCCGCGAGGGCCGCCGGGGGCCGUGCGGAGGCCGCGGCGCCCGAGGCCGAGGAGGGCGCCGAGGAGGCACAGGACGAGGCGGCCGGCCCGGAGGCACAGGCGGAGGAGGCGAGGCAGAAGGCCGCGGUCCGCCUGCAGUCCGCGCGCCGGGGCUCCCUGGCGAGGCAACGGGCGCAGCUCCUGCGCGCCCAGCAGCAGGAGGCCCCCCGGCAGGAGGGCGACCGCGACCCGCUCCGCGCCCCCGUGGGCGGCCCGGGGCCGCGCCCCCGGGCCCAGGGCGGCGCAGCUCCUGCGCGAGGAGCGCCAGGCCUCCCAGGCUGCCGAGGAGGCGCAGGCCCAGGAGCCUGGCGAGGAGGCCGCCGAGGCGAAGGAGGGGCAGUGGUACGUCGUGAGCCAGGAGACGCUGGACAUAUGGCAGUCUACCCAGUCGUGGGAGUCGAUUGGCAGCCUGAGCCAGGGGGACUUCGUCCAGGCGGCGGGCCCGACCGAGGAGGCCGAAGGCAUCGUGAUGCUGCCCAUCCUCCUAGAGAGCGGAACCGGCGCCGUGGAGUUCGGGUGCCUGGAGCUCUGCGAGGAGGAGGAGGAGGCCGCGGCCGGGGGCGACGGCGACCCGGAGGGCGCCCAGAAGGCCGAGGCCGAGGCCGAGCAGGAGGAGGAGGGCGCCGAGAAGGCUGCCGCCGAGGGCGCUGCCGACGAGGUUCCGAGCGCCAUCGUGCCUGCCGAGGACGGUACAACGCAGGAUGGGCCAAUGGACCCCAGGCAACUCGAGGCCCUGAUGUCGACGGCGUCGAAGAGCCGGCUCGCCAAGAAGGACAACGUUGAGGAGGGCAUCCCCGUGACGACGUGCGAGUUCGUCCUGAAGCCGUUCGACGACGGCAACAAGAAGUGGAAGUGCUCGCACGAGUCGAAGGACUGCACCCGCAUGGUGGAGGGCCCGAAGGUGAGGUGGUCUUGCCCGAAAGGGGAGUACAACCUGUGCCGCGGGUGCGUUGAGUUCUAUCGCCAGAAGGCGAUAGUGGCCAAGAUCGACAAGAACAAAAAGCCAUGGGACGCGUGCACCGUUAGACACGCUGAAGGAUGCGGGCUCCCACUGGCGGUGGUGGUCAAAGAUGCGAAAGAGGAGUGGCUGAACGGCACGCUGCUCCUGUCGUCCACCAAGGACUCCCUGGAGGAGCGGGGCGCCUACGUCUACGGGGCCUUCGCGGAGAGGACCGACGGCAACUGGCCGUACAUGUGGUUCGACGCGAAGGCCCUGAAGUGGAAGUUCUCGUCGUGGCAGAAGGGGCAGGUCAAGGCCCCCUCGCUCGCGCUGUGCCGCGCGGAGAUCCAGUCCGUCCAAGUAGGCACGGUGCUGGGCGACUGGACCCUGUCGAAGGGUCCGAAGACGGUCCUGCCCAUGACCGUCACUGCGAUGACGGAGGAGGAGUUCUGGAACUCCGAGGCUCGGGAGAUGGUCCCCCUGGACCUGACCGACGUGCUGUCGGUGGUCACCAACACGGCCGCCAAUCUCCUGGAAGAGGAUCUGCAUUUGGACACGCCCUUCAUGGAGAGUGGCUUCACGAGCGCAAUGGCGGUGCAAUACAGGAUGAUCUUAAACGGCGAGUUGGCAGUCAAUCUGCCGGCCACGCUCAUGUUCGACCACCCGAAUAUGCGCAGCAUUGGCCAUUACAUCGUGGACUUGAGUAGGUCUUGA